AUGGCGGCAAUAUUGCCUGCUUGGCACGUCACUGCGUCCCCGCUCUGCCUCGCGUGCAGCCCACCUGCCAACUUGCCUGCCUCCUCCGCCCGUACCUCUCGACACACUCGCUCGGCGCGUUGUCUCGCAGCGAAUCAAGAGCCUCCCGAGGGCGAUCGGGAGAGCCGUGCGGGCGGAGCGAGCGGCGAGGGCGGAGCGAGCGGCGAGGGCGGAGCGAGCAGCGCGGGAUGGCGCGUGCGGCCCAAGGUGGCGGGGCAGGCCGCCAUCGCGCUGGCCACUGCGGGAUUUGUCGAUGCUGGGUACAGCGGCGACUGGUCGCGUAUAGGAGUGAUAACAGUAGACACGGAGCAUGCCCUGCAGCUCGCUGCUGUGGGGGUGGUUCCUCUGGCUGCCCUCGCCAUCUUUCUGCUGUGGGACCGGGAGACCUCCACGUAA